AUGGCAGUUCGCAGCGUCGCAGUUCGCAGCGCAGCUUUGAAGAAAAGAAGAGUUAAUGAUUCUCCUCUUGGUAGAGCUUUUGACUUGCAAACUAGAGCUCAAUUAGAUGCAGAGAUUGCUAGAAUGUUCUACACUGGGGGUUUACCUUUUAAUUUUGCUAGAAAUCCUUAUUAUGUGAGUUCUUAUUAUUUUGCUGCUAAUCAUGUUUUGGGUGGUUAUGUGCCGCCUGGUUAUAACAAAUUGAGAACCAUAUUACUUCAACAAGAAAAAGCAAAUGUAGAGAGGUUGCUUGCACUUGAUUGUUUUGGUGAAGUGAAAAAUAAGCAAUUUAUUGCUAAUUUGCUAAAAGAAGUAAUUGAUGAGGUGGGUCAUCAAAAAGUGGUACAAGUCAUUACUGAUAAUGUUUCAAAUUGUAAAGGUGCUGGAGAAAUUAUUGAGGGAAUGUUUCCACAUAUUUAUUGGACUCCUUGUGUUUUGCACACUCUUAAUCUUGCUUUGAAGAAUAUAUGUGCAGCAAAAAAUUUAGAAACUAAUCAAGAAACUUAUGAUGUGUGUCACUGGAUCACUGAAAUCUAUGGGAAUGCUUUACAAAUCAAUAAUUUUAUAAUGAAUCAUUCCAUGAGGCUUGCAAUUUAUAAUCGGUUUAGCCCUUUGAAAUUGCUUUCAGUUGCUGACACUCGUUUUGCUUCUAUUGUUAUGAUGCUUAAAAGAUUUAAACUUAUUAGGCGUGCUUUAGAAGCAAUGGUUAUGAGUGAUGAAUGGGCACAAUACUGA